UUUUCUUUCGAGAUUAACCAAAUUACUAUAAAGAUUUUUUAAAAUAUAAAUUAACGGAAUUUCUUUGGCAAAAUGUCUAAUUUCUUUCUUUUGCUGUCCUUCUCUUUUACUUUUUUUAUUUGCUUCUAAUUUCAUAAUUUUUUUGGAGGUUGAUGUUUUUUGUUGAAUUUUUUGGUUAUUUUAACGUGAAAAAUUUUUAUAAUUUUUAGUGUUUUUAAAAUCCGCUAUAUCAUUUAAAUAUUACAUAAAUUUUUAAUAAAUAUUUUUAAAAAAUAAAUGUUUUUGAAUGUUUUGUUUCAGAAAUAAUUUUUAUUUAAAAAUUUAUUUUAUUUUUUCUUAUAGUAAGUACUAUGUCAUCUCGUCGUUUGGUAUUGCCUGUUUUACUUUCACAAAAACAAUAUUAUUUGUGUUUCCGUCAACUACAUAGUGGAGCACUAAAAAGUGGACGUAAAACGGCUACGGGUUUUAGUAUCAAAAAAGAUGUUGAAGAUAAAGAAAGUAAAGGAUGGCUUGAUCGAGUAAAAUUAUUCACGUCUCACAAAACAGAUGCUUAUGAUGAUUAUAAAAUUAUGAUUGAAAAAAUGGAUGAAUCUGAAAAGAAAACUUAUAAUGAUGGCUUCAUUAGAGGUGUAUUUGCUGGUGGACAUAAAGAAGAUGGAAAACCUGGGCCUGGCAGACUUUUCUUUUAUACUUUUGGCAGACUUUUCUUUUUUACUUCUUUUGCUUUCGCUGGAUAUCUUGUCUACAGAAUGUUUACCCGCAAGGGAUUAAUUUUUGAUUUUGGUGUUGAUAUGUUUGCUAUGGAACAAGAUGUGGAUGUUACUUUUGAUGAUGUUUGUGGAGUUGAUGAAGCAAAAAUGGAAAUUGAAGAAAUUGUUGAAUAUUUGCGCAAUCCUGAACGUUAUACACGUCUUGGUGCUCGUCUUCCAAAAGGUGUUUUGUUGAUUGGUGAUCCUGGUACUGGCAAAACAUUAUUGGCACGUGCUGUUGCUGGGGAAGCGAGCGUCCCGUUCUUUCAUGCUUCUGGUUCAGAAUUUGAUGAAAUGCUUGUAGGACAAGGUGCUAGACGAGUUCGAGAUUUGUUUAAGAAAGCUCGUAAGCACGCUCCUUGUGUCGUUUUUAUUGAUGAGAUUGACUCUGUUGGCUCUAAACGCACGUCAAGUACUCUACAUCCAUAUGCAAAUCAAACAAUUAAUCAAUUGCUUUCUGAAAUGGAUGGCUUUGUCCAAAAUGAGGGUAUAAUUGUUAUUGGAGCCACAAACAAAAGAGACCAUUUGGAUUCUGCUUUGACACGACCUGGACGUUUUGAUGUGGAAAUUAAAGUUUCGAGGCCUGAUUUAGCUGGGAGAGAGGAUAUUUUUCAGCUUUAUCUCGACAAAAUAAUUCAUUCAGCUGAUUGUGAUGUCACUACAUUAGCUAGAGGAACUACUGGCUUCACCGGCGCUGAUAUUGAGAAUAUGGUCAAUCAGGCAGCAUUAAAAGCCGCAACUGAGCGUGCCAUGCGUGUAACAAUGAAGCAUUUGGAUGAAGCGCGUGAUAGAAUACUUAUGGGGCCAGCACGUUUAAAAGGAUUACAUGCAGAUGAAGAGGCUAAUAGAAAUACUGCUUAUCACGAGGCCGGUCAUACAAUUGUUGGAAUAUUUACAAAACAUUCUGAUCCAAUUCAUAAAGUUACCAUUACUCCACGCGGAGAAUCACUUGGACUUACAGCUCAUCUCCCAGAGAAAGACCAUCUUCAAUAUACAAAAAGUCAAUUACUUGCCAAACUUGAUGUUUUAAUGGGCGGAAGAGUAGCUGAAGAAUUAAUUUUUGGUGAAGAUAUGGUCACAACAGGGGCUGCCUCUGAUAUGCGAAAAGCAUCAGAAAUCGCUGAAAGAUUGGUAAAAACAUAUGGAAUGAGUGAGCAUGUUGGUUUGAGAGAUUUUACAUCAAAUGAAGAGGAGGGAUUAAGUUUUGGACCAGAAACAAAUAAUGCAAUUGAUGAAGAAAUUAAACGUCUUUUGAAAGAAAGUUAUGAACGGGCAAAACAAUUGUUAAUUAAAUACAAGACUGAACAUCAUUUAUUGGCUGAAGGGCUUUUGGAAUAUGAGACACUUACAAAACAAGAAGUUGAACGUGUAAUAAAAGGUGAAAAAUUGAAGAAACCUAAUGCAGCUGCUAUAAAACAAGCUGGUAUAAGGAGGAAAAGGCAACAACAAAAAACUGUUGGAUUUAUUACAGAAGCUGAUUAA